GUCUGCAUCUCAUCACGGCUCGGCUCGGCUCUCACAGCCUAUCUCUGACCCCCUGAAACAGCACGUUGUGGUGGGAUGGGCUUGGCAGAGUAUGCAUGCAGAGAGCCGCCUGACUCGUUGAUGUCUCUGGGUAUUAAAAAAACUCCCUCACAUUACAUGACUGUCAUUGUGUUAGCUCUAUCACAGCGCUCUAUCACAGCCCUCAGCAGCAGCAGCAGUCGGUGCUCGAUUGGUUGAGUCUGGAUGAACCAUGGCAGACCCGGAGGAUAAUGUUGCAAUUCCUGAGUUCAGCUGCCUUCUCCAAAUGGAUCCUCACCUCAAAACGUACGAGAAGGACUUCAAGAGGAGGUAUGAGCUCCUCCAGAAGCUGCUCUUCCAGCUGGAGGAGGCAGAGGGAGGCUUUGACCAGUUCACACGCAGCUACCAGAACUUCGGUGUGCAGAGACGAGAUGACGGCAGCCUGUUUUUUCAGGAGUGGGCUCCAGCUGCAGAGGCCCUUUUCCUCACUGGUGACUUCAAUGCCUGGGAAAAAUUCUCCUACCCAUACUCUAAAAAAGAAUUUGGCAAAUGGGAACUGGUUCUGCCGCCAAAGCCUGACAAGUCUCCAGCUGUGGAUCACAACACCAAACUGAAGGUGGUUGUUCACACCAAGGCGGGGGAGCGGCUUUACCGGAUCUCACCCUGGGCGAAAUAUGUGACAAGGGAGGAGAAAGCUGUCAUCUAUGACUGGGUGCACUGGGACCCCCCUCAACCUUACACUCAUAUCCACCCUCGCCCUAAGAAGCCCACGAGCCUGCGCAUAUACGAGGCCCACGUGGGCAUUGCUUCACCUGAGGCAGAGAUCGCCUCAUACACCAACUUCACAACCAAAGUGCUGCCUCGUAUUAAAGACCUCGGUUAUAACUGUAUCCAGCUGAUGGCUAUCAUGGAGCACGCCUACUAUGCAAGCUUCGGAUAUCAGAUUACUAGUUUUUUCGCUGCCUCCAGUCGGUACGGUACCCCUGAUGAGCUGAAGCAGCUGAUAGAUGUUGCUCACUCAAUGGGCAUCGUGGUGUUGCUGGACGUCGUUCACAGCCACGCCUCCAAAAACACAGAGGAUGGCCUGAACGGCUUCGAUGGCUCCGACUCUUGUUUCUUCCACUCUCCACCCAGAGGAGAUCACGCCAUGUGGGACAGCCGUCUCUUCAACUACUCCAGCUGGGAAGUGAUGCGGUUCCUUCUGUCUAACCUGCGCUGGUGGAUGGAGGAGUAUCGCUUUGACGGCUUCAGAUUCGAUGGUGUUACCUCGAUGCUGUACCACCACCACGGCCUCGGCACGGGCUUCUCGGGGGACUACAGUGAGUACUUUGGCCUACAGGUGGAUGAAGACUCUUUGGUUUACCUGAUGCUUGCCAAUCACAUUGUGCAUACCCUUUAUCCGGACUGCAUCACGGUUGCAGAGGAUGUGUCAGGGAUGCCGGCUCUCUGCAGAGGAGUGGAGGAGGGAGGGCUCGGUUUCGAUUACCGACUAGCUAUGGCCAUUCCUGACAAGUGGAUUCAGAUCCUGAAGGAGUUAAAGGAUGAAGACUGGGACAUGGGCAAUAUAGUCCACACACUGACCAACAGGCGCUAUGGAGAGAAUUGCAUAGCCUACGCAGAAAGUCAUGAUCAGGCUCUGGUCGGGGACAAAACUCUGGCCUUCUGGUUGAUGGACAAAGAGAUGUACACCAACAUGAGCUCACUGGUUCCCAUGACAUCCAUCAUCGACCGCGGCAUUCAGCUGCACAAGAUGAUGCGCCUGCUCACACACGGCUUGGGUGGAGAAGGCUACCUCAACUUCAUAGGGAAUGAGUUUGGCCAUCCUGAGUGGCUGGAUUUCCCCAGGGAGGGGAACAAUCAGAGUUACCACUAUGCCCGGCGGCAGUUUAACCUGUUGGAUAUGGAUCACCUCCGCUACUGUCAGCUGUAUGCCUUUGACCGGGACAUGAACCGCACUGAAGACAAGUAUGGCUGGCUGGCAGCCCCACCUGCCUUUGUCAGUGCCAAGCAUCAAGAGGACAAGGUCAUUGUGUUUGACAGAGCAAAUGUGCUCUUUAUCUUCAACUUCCACCCCAGCAAGAGCUUCCAGGACUACAGGGUGGGGGUAGAAUCUCCAGGAAAAUAUAAAAUCAAGCUGGAUUCAGACAUGGUUCAGUACGGCGGACACGGACGGCUCGACCACGGCACAGACUUCUUCACCGAGGCCCAUCCCCUCAACGGACGCCAGAACUCCAUCCUGGUCUACAUCCCCUGCAGAACUGCUAUUGUCCUGGCCAACGAGUAGAUAGAUUACUGUUAUUAGAGGAUGAUUGUCUCCACAGAGACCAGGAUCGAGAAUGGAUUCCAAGCUCAAACUGAGUGUUAACAAUCACCUUCAUCUCAAAGUGUCAACCUUGCACACAACCCAACCCCACUUUCUGUGUUUGAGUCCUUUUCUAAAUGGGAUUAAAAAAAAAAAAAGGCAUUGUGAGUUUGUGUGCUUUCAAACACCAUCUGCAACCUUAGAUGCUGUGUAACCCCAUUUACUACAGAUUGCUCCAUUUGGGAAGCGUCCAACCAAACCAGCAGAGAGAUGCUAAAAGUUUAAACCCUGCAGAGUCCGUCCACCAGCAGCCAGCACACACUUAUGGGGCUCUGUGAAUUUGGCAUAUCAUCUGAAACAUAUGACCAAUGACUGUAGCACCGCUGGUUCAUUCAAACACGACAACAGCUCAGAAAAUCUGGAUAUUUAAGAAUGUUACAUUUGACGCUGUUUGAUUAUUUUAUAUUUAAAUACUAAUAAUGUUUGUUGUCUAAGACACACAAGGACUUACAGUAUUAGCAGCACAUGAAACUCUGAAAGUCAAGGUAUUUAAUCACUGUGAUCCAUCUUUGUUAAUUUGCAAUGUGGGACAUUGUACGUAUAAAAAUAAUGUAAUUUGCACAAAGUAAUGAGCUGUGUUGAAUUAUUAUGCUUUUAAUGGGUAUCUGAAACAUUUGUGUUGUAAUGUUUGAAUUUAUGCUACUACUGGGAGCAUUUGUGGGGUUAUUUAUGGCCCUGUUAUUAAGGCAGUAAUUUGCAGCUGAAGCAAAGUGAUAAAAUCACUUGAUUUGGAUUGUUCACAGCGUGUUGCAGAAUGCACAAGCGAGGCUGAUUUACACGCUUUUUACACUUUGCAACAACUAAUCCAUAGUUUGUCCUACGGUAGAUUAUGUAGUUCAUGUUGUGAGUUUCACUAAACUCUGAAUUCUGCUGAAACAAGUUGACACUGAAGACCCACACGUCAGACCAGAAGACCGUUUUAAAGGUACAGUGCCAAACUUGCUGCUGACUGCAGGAUGAAACUAACAUUCAUGUACAGCUUGCUCAUUAGCAUUCCCCCUGAGAUGAUUCAGAAACAACCCAAAUUGACAACGACGUGUGCCUCUUUUAAUUACCUCUGACUUUUGUGACUUUUGUUUUAUUGCACCUGAUUGAAAAUCUCAAUCUGCUUGUCCUGUGUUCACGUACCUCUUAUGUAAGAAGGUUAUUGAUUGAGUGAAAUGUGAGGAACAUCACUGAUGAUAUGUGACUGUUUUUUGUGACAGCUGAACUCACCCUCUCAGGCAACAUGUCAAUAAAGCAGUCUAACACACGAGCCUUCAUAUUUAUAUCAUAAUUAGAGUUCUAAUUGAUCUGUUUGCAGCACUUGUUUUCUCUUUAAAGUUCCUCCUCUCUGAAUAAAUGGAUGUCUUCUGGA